GUUUGUUAUAUUAUUGGGAGGUGAGCUCUAGAGUCGUACUUCUCGCGAACAGAUCUCACAACAAAUAUUGUAUGGAGAGUUCCUGUUGGCCAGAGAGUUUACCAAGCAACCGGAUCAAAGCCAUUCAAAAACUCACACAAGGUCAACACUUAACCAGUAAGCUCCGGGAGAUGCUCCGACGAUCGGAAAAGACUGAGCCUGACAUCAACUCAGUUGAUGAUGUGGUGGGGGAGAUCUUGGGAAUGUUUGAUAACACCCUUUCGAUCUUGAACUCUUCUAGCUUUGAAGAAGUUCCUGAUAUGCCGAUUGGUGAUAUUAGAUCUCCGGGCAGUUGGGAUGACCAAAAGUCAGAAAAUUACGGCGAAAGUACCAAGACCCUAACACCAUUGAAAGUUAAAAGGGGGUGUUACAAAAGGAGAAAAGAUUCAUGGACAUCUAUAAAGAUAACUCCGAGGUUGAUUGAUGAUGGGCAUGCUUGGAGAAAAUAUGGUCAAAAAGUCAUCCUCAACGCUAAACAUCAAAGGAACUAUUAUAGGUGCACACACAAAACCGACCAAGGGUGCCGUGCAACCAAACAAGUUCAAAUGACUGAAGAUGAGCCACCACAGUAUAAGAUAACCUACAGUGGACACCAUACUUGCAACAACUUGCUAAGAUCCCCUUUAAUCAUUUUGGAUUCUCCAGAUCAUAAGGAUAACUCAUUCGUUCUUAGUUUUGAAGGAACGGGACUUAAUAACAACAAACAAGUCGACUCUUGUUUCCCCUCAGCAAAACAAGAUCCAAAGGAGGGUUUUCCAUCUUUAGUUUUCAGGCACAACGAAGCUUCUUCAUCCGAUAAUUACCUUCCAUGGGAUUUGACCACACAAGUUCCAUCAGAACCUAUGUCUAUGAUGUCAUCCGGGCUAGACCAUGAGGACAUGAUAUCUUCAGAGGUAUAUUCGUCUACAUGCAGUACCCAUGGCUAUGAGAUAGAUAAUAUCAUUGGAAGCAAUAUCUUUGGUGAUUUCCCCUUUGAAAUGUGCUCGUAGUUAGUUUUUAUUUCAGCAUAUGUUUCAAACUUAUAGAUGGUAAGAUGCAUAUAAACUUCCUUUAUGAAAUUGAUUCAUGAAUUUGGUUAAACAA